CAUAAUGUCUCUUCUUUCUAUAAGCCUACUUUGGUUCCUUUGUUGCCUCAUCAUAAAAACAACUUUCAUAUCCAAAACCAGUGCUGAUUUAGGUACAACUUCACAAAGGUUCUUCUACUUUUGCGAUCAAAAUAACGAGAGAGGUAACUACACAGCAAAGAGCAACUAUGCCAGAAACCUCAACACCCUUUUGUCCACUCUCACAUCCAACACAAGAAUCGACUACGGUUUCUACAAUUCCUCUUAUGACGAAAACAAAGACAAAGUAAACGCCAUUGGACUCUGCAGAGGAGACUUGUCCAAACCGCAAGGAGGCAAUUGGUUGGUACCAAGAUGAGAAAUGCAUGUUGCGGUACUCCGAUCGCACCAUAUUCGGCCUCAACGAAACAGAACCAGCCUAUUAUAUGUGUAACAUGAACAAUGCAACAGAUGCAGACAAGUUCAAUGGAGUGGUGAAGAAUUUGUCGGACAAGCUAAGAAGGAAAGCUGCAGCGGGUGACUCUCGUCGAAAAUAUGGAGCGGGAACUGCGGUUGAUGAUCAAAGUAACAAAACCGUGUACGGUGUUGUUCAGUGUACUCCUGAUUUGUCUGAAGCAGAAUGUGAUAGCUGCUUAGUUGAGUCAAUCAAAGGGCUAUUGAGUCUUUGCAAUGAUAAGAUUGGUGCUAGAAUGGUUAGGCCUAGUUGCUAUCAUAGAUAUGAAACCUACUCCUUCCUCUUCUAUGAUCCUUCAACACAUCACCCAUCACCAUCACCAUCACCAUCACCAUUUCCAGCACCUCCUUCACCUAAAGCAGCGACGCCUUCACCAUCGUCAUCUCUGCUACCACCUUCAGUACCUUCAGCCCGCGCACCAUCUUCACCACCAUCUGAUCCUCUAUCAUCACCAACACCUUCUUUUGAAGGGGUGAAAACAUCAAGUACCACAGUCACUACAGUUCCGUCGUUGUUGUUGUUGGGCUCAUUUUUAUUUGUAUCAACAUAGGCAGAAUUGGGAGCCCAACAAAACUUUGAAAGUGUUCUCUAUUUUCUAUUAAGGAAAGCUACAUCAUUGGCUCGUUAGGAGAUUCUUGUCAAGUGCAGCUGGUCCAGCUUAUUGUUGUAAUCUUUAAUAGAUUAAUAAAAUAAGUAGUUCUUGAAAAAUGUUGUG